CUUUGCAGUAUGCUGUUCUAAGUAAUUGUAAUUAUUUAUUCUAAUUUAUUACACAUAAAUUCAUGUACUUCCCCUUACUCUGUACCGCUACAAAAAACUGCAACCUUGGAUUUACACAUUUAUCUAAUAAAUUAGAAACCUAACCCUGACGAUGCCUCGUAAUUGAGUGCAUAACGUUGGUUGUGGUUUCACAUAAAUAAAAAAAACCUUUGCCCUAUAUAGCUUGAUUUCUUACAUUAUACAAUUGCUUUUAGGGAAGAAACGGCAACAAAAUUUUAAAAUAAUUAACUGCAUUUUGAUUGAUCGUUAAGAAUUUUAUGUUGCACUUCUUUUUGUUUUUUAAUAUGACAGAUUAGAAAGAGAAAUAAACGUCAAGAGUUAAUUUCAAGCAAAAUUACUUGUAAACAGAUAAUUAUUGCUUUAAUGCUAGUUCACGAAUUAAUUUUUUGAAGAGCAGCAAGAACUAUAGAUUCUAAUGUUUUUUUGCGUUCCAGUGAACAAUUGGGAAGUUGAAUCUGAAACCGGCAAAAGUGGAGCAUGGGAUCACGUUAAAAUUUUUUAUAGAAAAUUUGUUCAAACUUUAAAAGGUGUAUCGGGGAAAACAUGGAUUAAAUUACAAAAGUGGAUUCUGGUUGAUCCAACUCCCGAGCAAAACUUGGAAAGUUUUUCUGAUUUAGCUUUUUAUUAUCAUCAUCACCCUGGAAAGGAUUUAAAUACCAGUAAUUGCUUUCUAAAACAGAACCAAAAAACAAUGAAAUCUGCUGGUCAUUACGAAUGUUAUGAUAAACCAUUUAAUAUUUUUACCGCAUCGUCUCAUUUCGAAGAACACCAUCCUGGUAAAGUUAGGAAAAAAGUGAAAACAAACGGCUCGUAUUCUGGUAAUUUGGAUAAAUCAUCAAAUUCACUCGACUCUUUCUUUGAAAGCAUAGCAGACACAAUAAAAAAAAUGCCAGCUGUUGUUCAAGCACACUUGAGACUACAGAUAGCCCAAUUGGUGUUCUCACAAGAGUUGAAGCUGUUACAGUACCAAUCAACUACCUCAUUCGAAAAUAAUACAUAAUUCUCGUGAAUGUCCAUACCGUAGGUACCAAAUAAAUAUUUUUAUUUCAA